UUUGGUGGUGCUCCGAUGUCCAUGCUAGAGAAGGGAGGAGAGGGCAUACCGGUAGAGAAUACUAGUACAGUUAGCAAAGUGCGUUCAACGCCUAUAUGAGCUGUUUUCAGAAAUGGAAAAGACUUUACUCAGACUCGACUUCAUUUUAUGGAUGACCUGUCUAAUUCUAUCCCUAACAGAUGUAGGACUAGGCUCCAACAUAUGUACUUCUCGAGGGGCCAGUACAUGCCGGCAGUGCCUGGCAGUGCAUCCUUCUUGUGCCUGGUGCUUUCAAGAGGAUUUUGGACAAGAUGUACCCGGCUCCUCACGAUGUGACCUAAAGAAGAAUCUGAUAGAGGCAGGAUGCAGGAGAGGAGCUUUGGAGCAUCCCAUCAGCAAAAUGUCUGUAAUAGAAGACAAACCUCUUAGUGACAAGGCCUCGGGAUCCACCACCGAUGUCACCCAGAUCCAACCUCAGAUGUUGCACAUCUCUUUGAGACCUGAUGAUUCCCAGGUCUUUACACUGAAAGUACGGCAAGUGGAGGACUACCCUGUGGACUUGUAUUAUCUGAUGGACCUGUCCUUCUCCAUGAAUGAUGACUUAUCUCAAUUAAGAAGACUGGGGCGUGGCCUGGCUGAAGAAAUGAGCAAAACCACCAGUAAUCUACGCAUGGGCUUUGGGGCUUUCGUGGAUAAACCAGUGUCCCCAUACAUGUUCAUCUCCCCUCCAGAGGCUGUGUUAAAUCCUUGCUACUCAAUCCCGUACAAAUGCCAGCCUCAGUUUGGCUACAGACACGUUCUGUCUCUAACAGAGGAGGUAAACCGCUUUACAGAGGAGGUGAAGAAACAAAAGGUGUCUCGGAACAGGGAUGCCCCAGAGGGAGGCUUUGACGCCAUCAUACAGGCAGCCGUGUGCAAGGAUAAAAUUGGUUGGAGGCCAGGUGCAUCUCACUUGCUAGUUUUUACCACUGAUGCCAAGACACAUGUGGCACUUGAUGGGCGCCUGGCGGGCAUUGUGCGACCCAAUGAUGGCCAGUGCUAUUUGGGCACAGAAAACAUCUACAACAUGUCUACAACUUUGGACUACCCAUCCUUGGCAUUAAUCACAGAGAAAAUGUCAGAGAACAAUAUAAAUCUGAUCUUUGCUGUGACCAGCCAUGUGGAAUCACUCUAUAAGAACUACAGUGAGCUGAUCCCUGGUACUGCAGUGGGCAUUCUAUCUGAGGACUCGCAUAAUGUGAUUCAGUUGAUCCAGGAUGCAUAUGCUAAACUGCGAUCUAAGGUUGAGCUGGAGCUCUUGAAUGUCCCAGAAGAGCUCAGUCUCACCUUUAAUGCCACAUGUCUCAAUGAAGAGGUCAUACCUGGACUAAGAUCCUGCUCUGGACUCAAAAGAGGAGAUACAGUGUCAUUCAGUGUAGAGGCUCGUGCCAGGGGCUGCCCCAAGGAGAAACGCAAGACAUUUACCAUCAAACCGGUGGGCUUCAAGGACACCCUGCAGAUCAGAGUCAACUUCGAGUGUGAGUGUAAAUGCCAAGCCAAGGCCGAGACCGACAGUCCCUUUUGUCACCACGGCAAUGGCACCUACGAGUGUGGAAUCUGCCUGUGCAACCCAGGGCGACUGGGCCCCAGAUGUGAGUGUGAAGAGGGUGACUACAGCCCCACCGAGCAGGAUGCCUGCACAGGGCCAGAAAAAGUGAUAUGUAGCGGCCGGGGAGAUUGCGUGUGCGGGCAGUGUGUGUGCCACAGUAACGAUUUUGGCAAGGUGUGGGGAAAGAGGUGUGAGUGUGAUGAUUUCAGCUGCCUGCGCUACAAAGGAGAGCUUUGCUCAGGUCAUGGCACAUGUUCCUGUGGGUUUUGCCAGUGUGAUCCAGACUGGAAGGGGGAGAACUGUAACUGUUCCACUCGUACAGACACAUGUAUGUCCAGCUUGGGACUGCUGUGCAGUGGCCGUGGCCAGUGUGUGUGUGGGAGCUGUGAGUGCACUCAGCCUGGGGCCUACGGCUCCACCUGCGACAAAUGCCCCACCUGUCCCGAUGCCUGCACAAUAAAGAAGGAUUGUGUAGAGUGUAAACAUUUUAAAAGAGGGAAACUCUUUGAUGAUGACACCUGCAGUCGAAUCUGCAGAGAUGAAAUCAGACUGGUGGAUGAUCUGGUGUUCCAUGUUAAGAAUGCAGUGAAUUGCACCUAUAAGGAUGAGGAUGACUGUGUGCAGAGGUUUCAAUACUAUGAGGACAACAGUGGAAAAUCCAUCUUAUCUGUGGUUAAGGAGCCAGACUGCCCUAAAGGCCCUGAUAUCUUGGUGGUGCUUCUGUCAGUAGCUGGUGCCAUUUUAUUCUUGGGUCUGGCCGCCCUGCUUAUCUGGAAACUGCUUAUCACCAUCCAUGAUCGACGUGAAUUUGCUAAGUUCGAGGAGGAGCGGGCACAUGCCAAGUGGGAAACGGGCCACAACCCCCUCUACAAAGGUGCUACAUCAACAUUUACCAACAUCACAUAUCGAGGCAAGGACUGAUCACAGCGAGCAGAGGAAGAACUUCAUGGGUCCAACAGAGAAUGUUAAUAUUUCCUUUCCAAAGUUCUGUUUAAAAGCAUUAUAGCUUUUAAAAUACUCUCUAAACAUUUCGUAAUUGAGAAGCAAUAAGAAAGGGUUGUACAUUUUGUUGUUGUAAAUAUGUAUAGUCAAAAAUGACAAGUUUUUCUGACUUCUCUGUGAAAACCUUGCUGUUAUGUGUCACUGGAUGAAUGAUAUUCUCCACAUUUUCUUGUACCUAGACUAUAUUUGUCAGCACAGUGCCUUGAGGUAUAAUUGCUCACUGCUGCAUUUCCUAAUGCUUCCUGCUUUGCUACUAUAUCUGUGGAGUGUCAGAUAUAAAUGAUAAAAGCCUGAGUAAUCUUUCCAAAUACUGAUGGCCUGUGGUAACACUGAAUCCCUCAUCACGACUAUGCCAUGUUCUUAUUAUAAGAUGUUCUCUUAUUAUAUUAAUAUUAUGAAAUUACAAUAUCCUAGAGGUAGCUUUAUCACACUGGCUUUAAAUGCAAAAUUUAGUAGUGUAUGUUAUUGGUUCUGAAAUCUAAGAUUCAAGGCAGAAUUCUUUCAUACAAAUGUUGAGAAUAUUGUCUGUUGUCAACAUUUUCAUAUUUACAGCCGUGGCCAAAAAUAUUGGCAGUGACAUACAUUUUGUGUUUCGCAAAGUUUUCUGCUUCAGUUGAUGUGGUGUUGAGGCACAUUGUUUCUAGAUUAUUGUGCAGAGUGAUCAGAUAUAUUUUAAAUAAUUGCAAAAAGCUUCAUUGGCCAAAAAAUUUACUUUAUCACAAAAACCCAAAUUUCACUGUUUUUUGGCCCUGGCACAAAAUGACCAGCUAACAUCCUUUCACUAAUCAUAUCAGCAGCACCUGGGAAAGUGUGAACGAGAACUAAUCAGGUGAAAUCACUCUAUCAUUCUGAUUGGAUUAUAAGAGAAGACUGAUUGCUAUAAAAGGAGGGAAGAAGUGAACACAAUCAUUGUGUUCUAGUUAGCAAUGGUUAUCUCUAAAGAAAGACAUGCAGCCAUCAUCGCGUUGCAUCCAAAUGGCCUCUCAUGCAAGGAAAUUGCUGCAAAGAAUAUUGCACCUGAAAGAACCAUUUACCAGAUCAUCAAGAACUUCAAGAAGAGAGGUUCAACUGCAGUGAAGAAGGCUUCAUGAUGUCCCAGAGUGUCCAGCAAGCACCAGGACCGUCUCCUCCUGAGGAGUCAGCUGCGGAAUCGUGUCACCACCAGUGCAGAGCUGGCUCAAUAUUGGCAGCAGGUUGGUGUGAGUGUAUCUGCAUGCACAGUGAGGCGAAGACUUUUGGACAAUGGCCUGGUGUCAAGAAGGGCAGCAAAGAAGCCACUUCUCUCCAAGAAAAACAUCAAGGACAGACUGAAAUUCUGCAGGAAGUACAAGGAUUGGACAGAAGAAGACUGGUGCAAAGUUAUUUUCUCUGAAGUCCCCUUCUGACUGUUUGGGACAUCUGGAAAAUCGAUAGUCCGGAGAAGAAAAGAUAAACGCUACCAUGAGUCCUGUCCUGAGACCAUCCAUGUGUGGGGUUGCUUUUCAUCCAAGGAAGUGGGCACUCUCACAAUUCUGCCCAAAAACACUGCCAUGAAUAAAGAAUAGUAUCAAAACUUACUGCAAAAGCAUAUUUUCCCAACAAUCCAGGAGCAAUUUGGUGAUGAUCUGUGCAUUUUCCAUUAUGAUGGAGCACCAUGUUACAAGGCAAGAGUGAUAAUGAAGUGGCUCGGAGAUCAUUACAUUGAAAUUGUGAAUCUGUGGCCAGACAACACCCCGGAUCUUAAUCCCAUUGAGAACAUGUGGUCAAUCCUCAAAAGGCGAGAGGACAAGGAGUUGAUCGCAAUUUGUGGGCUUCUACGAGCACUAAUAAGGCAAGAAUGGAUCGCCAUCAGUCAGGAUUUGGCCCAGAAGCUGAUAUCCAGCAUGCCAGAGCGAAUUGCAGAGGUUAAGAAGAACAAGGGUCAACACUGAAAAUAUUGACUCUUUGCAUAUAUUGAAUGUUUUUGCCAAUAAAAUCCUUAAAAACUCAUGAAAUGCUUAUCAUUGUUUUACAGUAUACCAUAGAAACAUGUGAAAAAAUAAUCUACAAAUACUGAAGCAGAAAACUUUGCAAAACACAAUGUAUUUCACUGCCAAUACUUUUGGCCAUGGCUGUAAAUAAAAGAAUGGCCUUAUGACUUAGUACUACAGUACUGUGUAAAUGUUUUAGGCAAUUAUAAGGAAUGUGAGGAUGUUUUCAAAAAUAAUCCCAUGCAGUAAACAUAAAGCAAAAAAUAUAUAUAUCUGGUGUGACUAACCUAUGCCUUUUAAACAGCACCAAUUCUCCUAGAUACAAGUGUAUCAUUUUUCAAGUGCACCAUUUUUCAAGGUUGUUCCAAGCAUCUUGGGGUACUUGCCACAGAUCUAUUUAUUUAGGCUGUCUCAAUUGCCUCUAUUGCUUCAUGUAAUCCCAGACUCACUCCAUUAUAUUGAGAUCUGUGCCAUACCAUCUGUGGCAGGACGCCUUGUUCUACAUCUAAUAUAUUCUAUUUGCAAAAUGAAUGUUUGGAAAUCUAAAACACUAAUGCAGAAGAUAAAAAAUGACCAUCUUAAGACAAAUGUUUGUUUUUUAAACAUGUAAUGUGCCUAAGAAUUUUGAACAGUACUGCACAAGUUAACCAACAAUUCAUCUUAACUACACGAAAGUUGUACCCCUGUAAGAAACAGCGCCCCCUUUUGGGCUUUAAAUGGAUUUUAUGGAUUUUAUCUUUUUGCACCGUCAGACAUAGCACAUGUUAAUAACUAUUAGUUUGACAGAAAUUACAGAACACAUGUUUGUCAAAUGAAUUCCUCAGAAAGAGAUGUUUUUUUAUAAAAUUUGUUGUGAUAUACUUAAGUAUAAUAAAAUUCUUUAACACAGGUCUAUAUAUAACGAGGCCAUAUACAGCCUUAAACCCCUCAAACUCUGGUACAUUCUUGCUGCAAUUAGUACACACUUAAAUGUAAAAACUCACUAUUCACACAUACUAUGGACUAAUUGCAAAAUAUUAGAUUCAUUUUUAAACAAAA